GUUGACUGUCGACCGCCUUUCACACAAACAUUGCUUCACCCAAUCCGUAGACAUACUAUGGCAUCGAUACUGUAUUACUGCAUGAAUGUUGAGCACAAUGUUAGACAUAGACUGUGACCGCAUUGCCACUCAUCACACCCACUGACGGCCACUCACACUGAGUCCACUGUCACGUCAGUCGCCGUCCAAUCAAUUGAAUCGCACUGACAGUCACUGCCGUCCGCUGUAGUGACCGCGAGAUACUAUCGAUACAAUACCGAUACAUCGAUAGUAUCGUAUCGUUUGAAUGAAAAUAAAAAUACAAUUUCUCUGUUUUGUAUGAUUUGUAUGAAUGAUAAUGUGAUUAACGCGCGAUUCACUGCUCAUUCAGACAGUGAUUUGCACGCUAACACACGUCCACUGCAUGUCAUGUCUUCACUCAAUGCCUGUCCAUCGCCUCUACGACCAGUUCCGCAGUUCUUCAACGACUGCAACAACGCUUUCACCACAAAAAAAGCCCGGUACAACUCGACGCCCACUGCCAAGAAGGUGCCCCCCAGACCCCCCUCCAAGACUGUGCCCCCCAUCAGCCGCUUCUUCAGACGCCCCAACCAUUCGGCC